ACCAUGAAGUGAAGCUGCGAUGGUGGAGGGUCCCGCAGCGGCUAUGGCGAUCCCCGAGAAUGACAAAGCGAGUUGCAGGGUUUGCGUGGAGGCAGCGAGAUGGCCGGUGGUCGGUAGUCUGCUUGGAAUUGCACGAGCACUCUGCUCUUGUGGCUCUGUCACCCAUGUCGUCGUGCCGUGCUGUUACUGUAUUGCGCGCGAGAGUGAUUGCAGACCGCGCUCCGCAAUAGCUGAAUUAGCUAGCUGCAUGCGGGCUCUAAGGCGCGGCUUCUAGGAUAGAAGGCUAACAAUUCGUGAUCAGAAAUUGGCCUUGUAUCAAGUUUCUGUCCGUGGCCAUCCUUGUUUCCGGAAUCUCUUGCUCGGUGCUGUUGGACUUCGAAGUUGAAGCUUGUGUCCCUCGACCACUGGCCUGCUUCUAGACAUUUGCGUGCGUUGUUCCGACUUUCGGGAGGUUGAACCUGCGGUUGUUUACAUUCGUCUUAAUGCGUAGGUGCUGUUGGUGACGAUCCUGGCGUCUGAAUGUGGCGAACGAAUGCGAGGAAUAGAUUUUUGUAAGAUUUCGAUGUGACAUCGUCACGAGAUUCCGAAGUGGAGGACUUGGUGUGUGAAGUUGUAGAAGAGACCUGACGGAACGGAACUGGAUGAGAUGGGGUCACAGAUUGCGACAGUAUCGCCACUAGCUAAAUACAAGCUGGUGUUCCUGGGUGACCAAUCAGUGGGCAAAACAAGUAUUAUCACGCGAUUCAUGUAUGAUAAAUUUGACAACACUUACCAGGCAACCAUCGGUAUCGAUUUUCUCUCCAAGACAAUGUAUCUUGAAGACCGCACCGUUAGAUUACAACUCUGGGACACAGCUGGACAAGAGCGGUUCAGGAGUUUGAUUCCUAGCUACAUUCGGGACUCGUCCGUGGCAGUGGUUGUGUAUGAUGUUUCGAAUCGACAGUCGUUUCUGAACACAGUUCGAUGGGUUGAAGAAGUUCGAACAGAGCGUGGAAGUGAUGUUAUUAUAAUGCUUGUUGGCAAUAAGACUGAUCUCGUUGAUAAACGUCAAGUAUCUGUUGAAGAAGGGGACGCCAAGGCUAACGAAUUUGGAGUCAUGUUUAUUGAAACAAGUUCAAAUGCGGGUUUCAAUAUAAAGGCACUGUUCCGAAAAAUCGCUGCUGCAUUGCCUGGAAUGGAGGCUUUGUCUUCUCACAAGGAUGAUCUCGUUGAUGUCAGUCUUAAGCCAACAUCGAAUCCGCAGACCGAGGGCAAAGCAGGAGGUUGUGCAUGUUGACGAGGUCGAAAGAAUGAACAGUCUCUUCUCUUCAUGACCUGCACUAAGUCUUGGAUGAUCCUCUUUUCUAGUGGUAAUGUUGUCCUUUUCUGAAACUCCAUCACGGUACUGGAAGGUUUUUCAGGAGGUAGUGAGCUGAUAUCCAAUGAUCAUUACUGCAGGCGCGAGAUCAAAGCAGCGACACAUAGGUUGGCUGAAUGAUUGCGUCGGGUUGCGGUUCUUUUAGGCUAUCAGCGCCGCCACUGUUCAUGGUUAGGGUAAUCACAAGGGUUUGAUCUAGUUUCAAGUGCCUCUUCACAGACGAGUGCAGAUAUCUGGAAUUCGGACAAACACCUGAGUAUGUUGGCAGUAGAAUUUAUUAGUUCUAGAGCUACAAGCUCACAGAACAUUAAGCCGCACCUGCUUCUGCUUCCGAUUCUUAGUAUUCAAUAUCAUCCGGGCAGGCUACUUCUAGCUGGAUUUCCACAAGCAGCAAAAAUGAUCACAUUCAUCAAGCCUAAAUUACCAUAUGAUAUGUGCUGUUACUAAUAUAGUGUUGCGACUCCACUCCGUAUCUUGGUUUCACUCGUGAGUUUUGAUAAACGGUUUGGGUGAACUUUCCACGGGUUGAAUCGUGGGUUAAAAUCCCGACAUUUGCUAAAUCUUUUUCGAAGCG